AAACCAAUCUUCAAAUUGGCGAAAUUCGACCGAUGACCUCUGCGCCCUCCUUCCAGUUCAGUUUACCGCCAGCCAUCACAAUCACUUCAUCUUAGAGGUCAUUGUACAAAGUACCCAUUCUUUGUUCUGAUAUUUUUGAAUUCGUACUUUUUCCAACUCCGACAACUUUCGUCGCCUUCAAGCCUUACGACAGGCGCGAUUACACGCUCACUGAGUGGGCGGAAAUUUUUGUCUCUCCUUUCUAUAGCGGAGGUUACUGAGAGCCAUAACGAGCACAAGAUACCCCUAAGCGCAAAGUAAAGACAUCAAAAUGUCUUCUCUCCUCGAUUCCGUGUUUGGCAGCGAUCACAAUAAUCAGCAUGAUCAGAUGAGCAGCGGAGGUGCCAAUGGAAUUCCCAGUGGUGGUGGCAGGACACCUACGCCGUCGGUGGGCGCAGCCAGAUCGGUCAGAUCUUCGUCUCGCCCUCGAGGUCCUCCAACUGCCAUGUCGGAAAGCGUCGGGCCACAUAGUGAUGACGGUGCAUUCCCUGACGAUCAGGUCGUCGGCCUUCGAGGUACUGAUCGGAAGAGACCGGGAAAUCCUCUGGAUGAAGGACCGCCCAAGGUGGUAGAUGCUACAGGCGAAACCCUACAACAGCGCUUCGAAGAAUUCUUGGAGACUUUUGUCGAAGAACCCAGCUCCUCUGCGGCACUGCCUUCGAGCGCUCCGACAAGCGAUAAAUACUACAUUGCUCAGAUUCACGGCCUGCGGAUAUACAAUCUGUCAACACUCUAUGUUGACUAUCAACAUUUUUUGGCGCGUGAGCGCGGCGAAACGCUGGCAAAUGCCAUUGCUUCCGAAUACUACCGAUUUCUUCCAUUUAUGACACGUGCAUUGCACAACCUCAUUGCCAAGUACGAGCCGCGGUAUUUCAAGGAACAUCGUCAGCCGACGUCUGCAUCCUCGCAGACGAAUUCCUCUGUCGCCGGCAACGUUCCCAGCGAGUCAGAGUCAAUGGGAGAGAAGACGACAAAUCAGCAGACGGAUAAAUUGUUUACCUUGGCAUUUUACAACCUUCCGCUGGUCUCACGUAUCAGACAGAUCAGGACGGGUUCGAUUGGAAAGCUGUUGUCCAUAUCAGGAACAGUCACGCGUACCUCUGAAGUGCGGCCAGAAUUGUCUCUAGCUACUUUUCUAUGUGAAAGCUGUCGUACGGUGAUUCCCAACGUGGAACAGACGUUUCGGUAUACAGAACCUACGCAAUGCCCCAACAAGACGUGCGGCAAUCGACAAGCAUGGCGUCUCGAUAUCCGACAGAGCACAUUCGUCGACUGGCAAAAAGUCCGAAUUCAAGAAAACAGCUCGGAGAUUCCUACUGGAAGCAUGCCUCGAACUCUGGACGUCAUUCUGCGAGGAGAAAUUGUCGAUCGGGCCAAGGCCGGAGAAAAGUGCAUUUUUACGGGUGCUGUUAUCGUUAUUCCCGAUGUGAGCCAGCUCGGUCUCCCUGGUGUCCGCCCUGAGGCGAUGAGAGAUAAUCGCAAUGCACCUCGCGGCGGUGAUGUAGGAGGCAGCGGCGUGACUGGUCUGAAAGCUCUGGGAGUCAGAGAUUUGACUUACCGCAUGGCUUUCCUUGCUUGCAUGGUCACGCCAGACACGACCACGCCCGGCCAGGCCGCGAACCAGCAGCUCAACGGACAAGCGCAGAAUAUUCUUGCUUCCUUAAACCAGACGGCUCCCAUUGACCCGCAAGAUCCUGGCGAUCAUGCGCAAGAAGCCUUUUUGAGCUCGUUGACGGCAGCAGAAAUUGAAGAUCUCAAGCGAAUGGUUCACACGGACCACAUUUACUCACGCCUGGUCAAUUCCUUGGCUCCCAUGGUGUACGGACACGAGAUUGUUAAAAAGGGUCUUUUGCUUCAAUUGCUCAGUGGUGUGGGUAAGAUAACUCCUGAGGGUAUGGCGCUCAGAGGCGAUCUCAACAUUUGCAUCGUCGGAGAUCCCAGUACAAGCAAGAGUCAAUUUCUCAAAUAUAUUUGCUCUUUCCUGCCUCGAGCAGUGUACACGUCUGGAAAAGCGUCUUCUGCUGCGGGUCUUACGGCCGCUGUGAUUAAAGAUGAAGAGACGGGCGAGUUCACUAUCGAGGCCGGUGCUCUCAUGCUGGCGGACAAUGGCGUUUGCUGCAUUGACGAGUUUGACAAGAUGGAUAUUUCCGACCAAGUCGCGGUCCACGAAGCCAUGGAACAGCAAACGAUUUCCAUUGCCAAGGCUGGUAUCCAGGCAACGCUGAAUGCCCGGACCAGUAUCCUCGCUGCCGCCAACCCCGUCGGUGGAAGGUACAAUCGCAAGACGACCCUGCGGGCAAACAUCAACAUGAGCGCGCCCAUUAUGAGUCGUUUCGAUCUCUUCUUCGUCAUCCUCGACGAGUGCAAGGAGGGCGUAGACCGGCACCUGGCCGAGCAUAUUGUCAACAUUCAUCGACUCCGAGACGAGGCCGUCCAGCCCGAGUUCACCACGGAGCAACUGCAGCGGUAUAUCCGGUUUGCACGCACCUUCAAGCCCGAGUUCACUCCCGAAGCCAAGACCCUCCUGGUCGAAAAGUACAAGGAGCUUCGCGCCGACGACGCCCAGGGCGGUAUUGGACGAAACAGUUACCGUAUCACGGUCCGCCAACUCGAGAGUAUGAUUCGCUUGAGCGAGGCCAUUGCCAAGGCGAAUUGCGUCGAGGACGUCACCCCCGCCUUUGUCCGCGAAGCCUACAACUUGCUCCGACAGAGCAUCAUUAGUGUCGAGCACGAUGAUGUGGAUAUUGAAGAAGUCGAAGAGUUGGAGCACCGAAUUGACGGCGAAAUUGAUGCUGUCGAUGCGGAAAUGGGCGAGGCCGCACGUGAAAUUGUAGAGGCUGCCGAUGGCCAAUCCGUCCCGCCUCCUGCCCACGCCGAAAAGACCAAGAUUACUUGGGACCAGUACAUGGGUAUCCUCAAUUUGCUCGUGCAGCGCGUCAAUGAGGAUGAAGUCGCCGCGGGCGAGGGCGUCGAAGAGGAAGAUCUUAUUAUCUGGUACCUCGAGCAAAAGGAGGACGAGCUCGCCAGCCAGGAAGACCUCGAGCGCGAGCGAGGGCUUGUCAAGAAGGUCAUUAAGCGUAUGGUCAAGGAUCUCAUCAUCAUGCCUAUUCGCGGCGAAGGCCUCAUGGACGAGGACGCUGAGCAGGGCGACUCCCGCGGCGACCGUAUCGUCUAUGUCAUGCACCCUAAUUGCGCCAUUGAAGAAAUUGACGGCCCUAGACCUCAGUGAUUGUGUUGUUCGUUGUUGUCGUUAUUUCAGGUUUGUUUGUUGUUUGUCGUUAGUUUAGGUCUGUGGCAGAUCAGGUGUCUGGUGUACAGUGUACGGCAUUUUGCCAUGACUCAUUUAUGGGGUGUUAUGGGUGAAGAACACGGAGUACAGGUCUGAUGACAGCCAUUCGUGAUGGGUUUUAGUUAUUAGUGGACUGUGGGUAUGAUGAAGACGUACAGGUCC